AUGAAGGCAGCCUUCGCACAAAACAAGGAAAUGUCCAUGGUCACAAUGGAUGUGCAGGGUGCCUUUGAUGUUGUGCUGCGCAGGCGGCUGCUUCAGCAGAUGAUGCAGCAAGUCUGCAUAAUCAAAAUGCGAUUUCAAGUUUUACCACAACAGCUCUGCCAGAUACAGAAGAAACAGUAUUGA